AUGGGCAAGCUAAACAUCGCACACCACAAGUCGUACCAUCCCUACCGCCGGGAUAAUAUCGCCCGUGUCAAGCGCGAUGAAGAAGAGGCGCGGCUUAACGAGGCAAAGGAGGAAGGGCGCAUGAUGUUGGCGGACGCCGAAGCCCGGAUAUCGCUGCUUCGCGAACGUGCUGGACUGAACGAGAAGAAGCCGAAGAGAGAGGAGGAGGAGCUGAUGAAGGCGCUGGAGGGUAGCCGGAGAGCCGAGAUUGAGGCGAGCACCAGCGGUUUGCCUACCAGUGGCGGACACAUAAACUUCUUCGAGGACUUGGAACAACAACAAAUCUCUGCAGCCCUCGCGUCCGCGUCUACGAAGCACCGCACUCCGAAAGACAAGGCUAAAGAAGCAGAAAAGGAAGACGAGAAAGGCGUUGCCCUCGCUCCCUCGAAGAAAGAUCUCAAUCCUUGGUACUCCUCCAAAUCCCGAGACGUGGAAAAAGAGAUUGAUGAGGGGCGACGCAACCGAGACCUCGCUCGGCAGUCCGCGGCUGACCCGUUGACGUUCAUCAAUACCACUCUCUCUUCCCGGUCGGGUUCUUCUUCCUCGAUGCCUACCUUACCACCAUCUCGGCCGCGCUACAACCGCGAUAAACGCCGGCCCACGCCGCCGCCUCCGCCAGCAUCCACGAGAGAUACUCCGAAGCUGCCGAAAGACUCGGUGACGGAGCGACAGACACGAGAAUCGUCGGAGAGGGCGAGAGCGUUGGCGCUCAUCGAGCGGAAGAAGAGGGAAAUGAGGGGGAGCGAGACGCCGUCGACAGUGCACGGGGGCUACGGAGGGUAUCGGGAUGUGUUCAAUAGGGAGGAAGUCGAAGAGGCUCGGCGA